AUGACUAAUUCUUUGAGUCAAACGAGAAAACUAUGCAUUUGUGUAAUUCAUUGUAUUGUGGCGUCAAUUCUUCAAAUGAAUACCAGUGCUCAGCUCUGGUCUAUUGUCGAUAUCAUACCCAAGACUUAUGACCCAAAAAAGUCACCAAAUCCUAGAGGCGUUACUAAAGUCAACAUUAGUGUCAUUGUUAAUGAUUUAUUGUCAGUCACUGAAAGUGAUUCGAGUUUUCAAUUGGAUUUAACAUUAAAACUCAAAUGGUAUGAUCAGAGGUUAAACCUGAGCUCAGGGAUCCAAAAUGAUAUUCUUGAUCACAAUAACACAAUUGACAAUAUAAUACUUGAUAGCAGUUAUAUUUCAAAAUUCUGGAUCCCAGACAUCUAUUUUCAAAACGCAUUGUCCGUCUCUAUUGUCAAUUCUGGGCUCAGUAUGCAGUAUCUGAUGAUAGGCAUUGAUAAAAAUAUCACAUACACUGUUAGAUAUAGUGGUAAAUUUAUUUGUAAAAUGGAUUUAACUAACUAUCCUCAAGACUAUCAACUUUGCUCUCUAGAAGCAGUUAGCCUUACACAAACCACUUCUCAGUUAGUGAUGCAAUGGGAAGACUUUGCAUCCGAUUAUAGUAAUUAUCCCAAGUUUUGGAUCAGAUCUACAAAUACCGACUCUUGUGUUAGAACCUUAUAUUUUGGUAACUUUUCUUGUAUGAGAGGAACACUUAAAUUGGUCCGUCGGGUCAGUUACUAUGUUAUCCGUGUCUAUGCACCCACUUUUCUAUCGGUCAUUAUUGCCUUUGUUUGCGUAACAAUAAUAGUGACUCCGCUGUUAAAUUUGAUAACAUUAGAUAUAUCACUGAAUAAUGAGAUGAAUGUGUCGUAUGUGAUGUCAAUUCACUGGUGGAUGAUUUGGUGUCAAAUCUUUGUAUUUUUGUAUCUCUUUGAGAACGCUUUGGCCAUCUCUUGGGCCUAUUUUAUCAAUGAUAAGAAAUCAUCUAAAACAGCAAUAAUUUAUGUGUCCUCAGUUUCACAUCCAAUAUGUGAAGUCAGUCUUAACUGCGAUGACCAGUGUAUGACAUACCUGUCUGAGCGCGAUAUCGACCCAAUGUUUAUCGCCGACUGUGUCGGCAGUUGUGGUCAUUGA